CGACGUCACCCUCUGACAGCGCCGCUCCCGGGGGCUUCGAGUUUUGGCUCCCGGGAAAGGGUCCAUUCCUCGGGGAGAGAGGGCUGAGUUUUGUGCGCCUCCAUCCGCUGCGCGCGCCGCUCCAGGCCCCGCCGCGCCCCGCCUGCGCCCGGGACUGCGCCGCGGCACUCACUGCCCCGUUUAUUUGUCUUUGGAGCAGGCGGGCCGCGCCAGAAGCGGGCGAUCCCGCAGUGUCCUGCAGCCGCGGACGCCGCCUGGCUAGGAUGACACCACGUUGAGCGCGCCUGCAAAACAACAACAAAAACCGCCGCCGCCGCGGCCACCGCGUCCUGCUCCGCCGAAGCGCCGCCGGUGUAGCCGCCUCCGCGCCCCCGGCCGUCCGGAGCGCCCGGCCGCCGGUGUAUGUCGCGCCUGCCCGGGACGGGCUGAAGCCGGCGGCGGGCCGGACCGCAGGCGCCGAGCAGGGCCAGCGCGGCCAGGGCAGCCGCCUGCCGCCGAGCCCCGAGCGCCGCUGCUCGCGGAAGCGCUUUCGGCCGGGAGCUGCGGCCGCCGCCACCAGUUUUCAUGUUUGGAAUUCAGGAGAAUAUUCCGCGCGGGGGGACGACCAUGAAGGAGGAGCCGCUGGGCAGCGGCAUGAACCCGGUGCGCUCGUGGAUGCACACGGCGGGGGUGGUGGACGCCAACACGGCCGCCCAGAGCGGCGUGGGGCUGGCGCGGGCGCACUUCGAGAAGCAGCCGCCUUCCAACCUCCGGAAAUCCAAUUUCUUCCACUUCGUGCUGGCGCUCUACGACAGGCAGGGGCAGCCGGUGGAGAUUGAAAGGACCGCUUUUGUGGACUUUGUGGAGAAAGAGAAAGAGCCCAACAACGAGAAAACCAACAACGGCAUCCACUAUAAACUCCAGUUGCUGUACAGCAACGGAGUCAGAACGGAGCAGGAUCUGUAUGUUCGCCUCAUAGAUUCAAUGACCAAACAGGCCAUCGUCUACGAGGGCCAGGACAAGAACCCGGAGAUGUGCCGCGUGCUGCUGACCCACGAGAUCAUGUGCAGCCGGUGCUGUGAUAAGAAAAGCUGUGGCAAUAGAAACGAAACACCCUCAGACCCUGUGAUCAUUGACAGAUUCUUUCUAAAGUUUUUCCUCAAGUGCAAUCAGAACUGUUUGAAGAAUGCAGGCAACCCUCGGGACAUGCGAAGAUUCCAGGUUGUCGUGUCGACCACGGUCAACGUGGACGGCCACGUGCUGGCCGUGUCUGACAACAUGUUUGUGCACAACAACUCCAAACACGGGCGGCGGGCCCGCCGCCUGGACCCGUCAGAAGCCACUCCGUGCAUCAAGGCCAUCAGCCCCAGUGAAGGCUGGACCACGGGGGGAGCGACUGUGAUCAUCAUCGGAGACAACUUCUUCGAUGGGCUGCAAGUCGUGUUCGGGACUAUGUUGGUAUGGAGCGAGCUGAUCACUCCCCACGCCAUCCGAGUCCAGACCCCACCGAGGCACAUUCCUGGAGUCGUGGAAGUCACCCUGUCCUACAAAUCCAAGCAGUUCUGUAAAGGUGCUCCUGGGCGCUUUGUCUACACCGCCCUUAAUGAACCAACCAUAGAUUACGGCUUUCAGAGGUUGCAGAAAGUGAUCCCAAGACAUCCGGGUGAUCCCGAAAGGUUACCCAAGGAAGUGUUACUUAAGAGGGCGGCCGACCUCGUGGAAGCCUUGUACGGGAUGCCCCAUAACAACCAGGAGAUCAUCCUGAAGCGGGCGGCUGACAUCGCCGAGGCGUUGUACAGCGUCCCUCGCAAUCACAACCAGAUCCCCACCCUGGGCAACACCCCCGCACACACGGGCAUGAUGGGUGUGAACUCCUUCAGCAGCCAGCUAGCCGUCAACGUGUCGGAGACGUCACAAGCCAACGACCAAGUCGGCUACAGUCGCAAUACAAGCAGCGUGUCCCCGCGAGGAUACGUCCCCAGCAGUACUCCCCAGCAGUCCAAUUACAACACAGUCAGCACUAGCAUGAAUGGAUAUGGAAGUGGCGCCAUGGCCAAUCUAGGGGUCCCGGGCUCGCCUGGAUUUCUUAAUGGCUCCUCCGCUAACUCUCCCUACGGCAUGAAACAAAAGAGCGCCUUCGCGCCCGUGGUCCGGCCCCAAGCCUCCCCUCCUCCUUCCUGCACCAGCGCCAACGGGACCGGACUGCAAGCUAUGUCUGGGCUGGUAGUCCCGCCAAUGUGAGGGGCGCUUGUUACCUCCCGCCGCGCCCAGCAUCCAAGGACGGACUUCAGGGGACACGUUAGUACAUAAGAGGUGCUGAUGGAGACCGUGUCUUCAGUACAUCAGCAGCGGUUGAAAUGCUACAAAAGACUUUGUUUAAAGAUUUUAUUUAAACUAUUAAGAAUCAACACACAAACGACGUACUUCUUCAUGAACAAUUCCAUUUUAUUGACUGAACUUUUCUCAUAUUUUCACAUUUCUCAGUCCUGAAGAAUAAGGAGAACAAAGCGAUGCCUAUUUUGUAUAAAGUUUCUGACUCCGUCUUGGCUCUGUCUAGUACUUGCUAUGUGUUGGGAGAAACUUUGUGAAUGCACCAUUUUGAUGAUCAUGAAACACUGAUGAAAAACGCCUCCAAACAUUUUUCUGUACUCAUACUUAGAUUCACAAUGGUUGUGUAUCUCUAUAAUGUGAAAUAUUUUUUUGUGGUGACAAAAGGGGGCCAAGGAGGUCUGAGCCAUCAAACUGGAAGAAAGGAAGACUAUAUGAGAAGGAGAAUUGGGGUGGCAGGGGGGGAGGGAGGGUUUAUCGUUGCUUAACUUCAUCUUAAUGAAACGGAACUUUGUAACUUAUUGUAGUUAGAAAUUGUAACUUUGAUAUUGAAUUCUCUUGCCUUCAACAAGCACACUGACAGAGGAAAAAAAAAAUGCUACUGUCUGUUGGUUAAAAUAUUCUCCCACUGCUAGAGCUUCCUGUUAAGCAAGUGUGAUCUGCGACAUUUUUUCCAACUUUUGCUAGCACUGUAUACUAUUGCAUUCUUAGGCUACUGUGAGGUCCAUGUUUCUUGUACCAGAAAUUGUCCUUUUGACUUCUAGAUCCUUCUUCCCUGAUGUGUUUUGUAUGUGGUUAUAAAAUUGUAGACUUUUGUGAUUUUGCCAAAGUUGUAGCUAAAUAUUUAUACACUUGUCUUGAAUUUUUUUCAGAUCCACUUAAAUAUUUAGGGAAAAAAAACGAGUUUUAUUCCUUAUGCGUCUUUUAUAAGGAAUAAAAUGGUCUCCAUUCAACACUUACUUACUUUUCCAUGAACACUUGCUGUUGCUAAGGGACUUUAUUUUGUAACAUAUCAAUUAUAAAUAUUGUAUUUAUCUUUGAAAUUUUGUACACUGCUUUUCCCACCAUUUUCGGUUCCUUUUUCUUGUCUGCGUUGGUUUUUGAUCAUGGCCUGGUGUUGUGAUGCUGGGGAAGAGCAUUAAAGCCAAGAACUGUUUGAUCUGUUUCGUUCAGUGAACCAACAUCCUUGCAUUUCAUUUGUACUUCCAAAAUUUGCUAUUGUUUGUUUAGACUUUCCGUCCUUUUUUUGUUUUUUUUUGAGGAAAAGUCAAAUUCAUUGUUUAUUUUUAUAUUAUUUUUAAGUUAUCUGAACAAAUACUUUUGAAGAAAAAAAAGUUCGUUGUAUAGUCACAACAAAACGGUGCCACCCGCUGUGACAAACCCUCGUAGAUUCCGUGCAUGUGGAGCGGCCACGAAGAGGCGACACCGUUGGGGCUGUGUCCUCCUUCUGUUUUAUUUCUUUUGUAGAAUGUAAAAAGUCAUUUCAGCUGCCACCCAUGACUUUGCCACAGAGCUGAACUGUGUUUACUGGAAAAAUUCAGAGGCCUAAAGUUUAAAAUAAAAUUUACUUCUGAUGUUUUAAUGACAAUGUUUGCCACAUUAACUUCUCUGAUGCCUUAAAAGUGGACUUCUUUAAAGAACCUGUGUGCUGUUUGAUCACAGGCUCACCCCACAACUGUUGAUCAGUAUUUCAUUUGGAGAUGUACGGCGUAAAACACGCACACGCACACGCACACGCCCGGAGACCCCUGUGUCGCUCCUUUCUGCAUCUGGUUCUGCUGUGUCCUGUGUCCUCCCAAGCCCACCUCCGACUCAGAGAGGUUUCAGGGGACCCACAAUCACCCCUCGUUUAAAAUUCCUUUUUAACAAUACGUUUUUUGUGGUCAGAACCCAGCAGCACUGUCUGUACUUUUUAAACUGGAUAAUGACCUCCUUCAGACACUGUACCUGUUAGUGCCAAACCUGCCGUGAGACCAAGAGGGUCGUUUCUUUUUUCCCUUUGCAGACACAGCACAGCAAACGGUUUGCAAACUGCAGCAGAAAUCAAAUCUAAAACAAAAAGGAGGGACUUUAAAAAUUUUUCUUGACAGAAACCAAAACAAAACAAUGCAGGACUUAAGAAAGUGUCCAUUCAAGGGACUAAAUCAAAGGAUCAGGACGUCCCCAGGGGUUAGCGGGUCACACUCUGGCCCUGCGACCAGCCUGAGGAGUCACUCUGGAACUCUGUUGCCUCCGUUUUAUUUUGUGUAAGUAAGGGUUUGACCUAAAAAUGAGCUCACGUGUACACGUUAAGGACAUUCGCAAGUCUCCUUGUCCCUGCACUUGGUUUGUGUUUUAGAUUAAUUAGUCGCCCUCAUGGCUUCAUCGUCUCAAAACUGAGCGCUCCACUAAAUGGUAGAUUUUACUGUUAAAAACCCUACAAUAAGAUUGUUUUAUCUGUACAUUUUUUCAGAUAUUUAACUGUAUAAAAAUGUUCAUUUUACACAAUAUUUAAUUAAAGUACUUCUUGUCUGUGAAUUUCACUUUGGGU